AUGCCUAGCUAUAUUGUCUUUGUCCUGCUGUCGCAUGACUCUCAGUGCGAAUCUUGUGAUCCACAACAGCAGGUCGGUGACCACGUCCUAGCUGCCGACGACAUCGACUACUACAUGGUCUUCCGCGCCGUCUGCCACAACUGGCGCCGCGCCCUCAAAGACAACAACGCGACUGAUUGCACUGACAAUCCCACCUGCUUCCAGCCGAGCAAGUUGGCGGUGCUAGACCGGCAUGACGAUGACGUCCUCGUGCUCGUCAACCUGGAGACCGGCCGCUUCCUCCGCAAGAGGAUGAGGAUCCCGCUGCUCCGCGACCGCGACUACUUCUUUGUCGGCGCCGCCAGUGGUGGCCUCGUCCUCCUAGGGGAGUCGACGUACCCCUACUGCGUCGUCGUGCUCAACGCGUUCACGGGCGCGCUGGCGCACUUCAAGGCGUCCGUUCUCGUGGGCGAGGCGAGGGAGGUCACCGUGGUGGCAACGUCGCCUCCGCCGACAACGAUGACACUAUUCUUUUUUUAG